AGCCAUAACAACUGCGCAUGUGCGGAUAUGAAUUGUAUCUUCUUUUGUCCCUCUUUUUCUUGCCACACUUCUAUGUACGCCACCUUCAUUUCGAUUUCACCUUCUUUCCAGUACUGAUGGUCGAGAAGUUUAGUCUUGUUCUUGUAGUUCUUUAUUCAGCAGAAUGACUUCCAAGGUUUCACGCGAUACUCUGUACGAGUGCGUAAACGCGGUAAUCCAACAUUCCCAAGACAAAAAAAAGAAGUUCUUAGAGACGGUGGAGCUUCAGAUUGGAUUGAAGAACUAUGAUCCACAGAAAGAUAAACGUUUCUCAGGCACUGUUAAGUUGAAGAAUAUCCCUAGGCCCAAAAUGCAGGUCUGUGUUCUUGGCGAUCAACAGCACUGUGAUGAAGCCAAGGCUAAUAAUAUUCCAUAUAUGGAUGCAGAGGCGUUAAAGAAACUUAACAAAAACAAGAAACUCGUGAAAAAACUCGCAAAGAAAUACGACGCGUUCCUAGCCAGUGAGUCAUUGAUUAAACAGAUUCCCCGUCUACUUGGUCCCGGUUUGAACAAGGCCGGUAAAUUCCCUGGACUGUUGUCCCACCAGGAAUCAAUGGUCGGCAAGAUCGACGAAGUUAAGGCCACUAUCAAGUUUCAGAUGAAAAAGGUAUUGUGUCUGUCGGUGGCAGUCGGACAUGUCGAGAUGACGCCCGACGAGUUGGUACAGAACGUGCAUCUCUCGAUAAACUUCCUCGUUUCUUUGUUGAAGAAACACUGGCAGAACGUACGUUCGCUGCACAUUAAAUCGUCCAUGGGACCACCGCAGCGUCUGUAUUAAAUUACAUAUGAUACGUAUGUGAAUGUACAUUCGUUGCAAUAAAAAAUAGAAAAAUCGUGAA